AUGAAUAUCGACGACAUCCUCGCUUCAGUGUCAAACAACGAACGAAUCCCACAACGAGCUUCUGACCUACAAGCUUUGACGCGAGCUUGGGUGGCAGAGAGAUGUGCGCCAGAACUGUUGCCGUAUCCGGAAGAAUUGGUUGAUAGGGUUAUGGAGAGGAUAAAGACGCAGAUCGAAACCGUAGAAGACAUGACGGGAACCAUGGACCCAUCCGCAAACUUCAACCUCAUCAUCAUACAAACAGAACUCGAACGCUUCAAAUUCCUCAUCAGAUCCUUUUUGCGAGCGAGGAUAGCAAAGCUAGACAAAUACCCCCACCACCACCUCCCCUCCGCACACCUCAGCGCCACGGAAUCCCAAUACCUGACUCACCGCUGCACACUCCUGACCCACCACUUUUCGACUUCAUUCCUCUCUUCUUUUCCCGCUCAGUUGCAAAAACUGGAUGAUCGUGCUGGAGGGAUUUCAAUGGUGGAUGCGCCGGAUGUGGACGCAGCGGUUUUCGUGAGGGUAUUGAGGGAUGCGGGUCAUGUGGAGGUGCAGGGGGAGGGAGGGGUGGGUGUGGUGGAGUUGAGGAGGGGGGAUGUGUGGUGUGUGAGGUGGAGUGCGGUUAGAGAGGCGUGUUUGAGGGGGGAUGUGGAGAUGGUGUGA